UCACGGCCCUCAGGAGAAACCAGUGCUGCCGGCACCUUCAUCUCAGACGUCCAGCCUCCAGAACGAGUCAGAAAAACAGAAGCUUUCGGAACUACCUCUGAGAAGAUGUUUAAAUCACUGACAAUGAAAUUCAACAAGGUGCAGCCUGGAGAAGGGGACGAUGAGAGUGCACAAGGCCCAGGUCACCGCAGCUGGUCCCAGCGGCCCAGGACACAGGUAGAAAACAAAAGUGGAAUGAAAUCUCUCAAAACCAAGAUGACUCCAGUCAUAUUGGAAGAGCCGCACACCAAAAUACAAGGUAAAUUCUCCAAGAAACAUUCACUCAGAGAUCUGACCACCACCCCCGAUCCUCAGAGCCCAGCAGAGUUAACCAGAACAGAGCCAGAGCAGAAGGAAAUGGGGCUGGAGAAACAGGACCUAAUCAGUCCAAAAAGCAAAGCACGUGGAGCCCCUGUGAUAAGUGCGCACGCCGACGCCCAGCUGCACGGCCUGGUGAGACGGAUGCGGCAGAGGACAGCCCUGUACAGGCGGCGGCUGAUGGAAGGAGACCCGGCCUCCCCCGAGGCCAGCCCCCCAGCCGCAAAGCCCACAACCAUAUCACCCACACGAGAAAAAAAUGCUCAGCCAAAAGAAGAUGACUGUCACAUGUUGUGCUGUAAACUCGAGAACACGCCUCUGACAGACUACCUCAAGCGAAUCAGACUUCCAAGAAGCAUAGAUGCAUACACAGAUCAGUUCUAUUUCCUGUGGCUCUUGCUUGUCGCCAUUGCCUACAACUGGAACUGCUGGCUUAUCCCGCUGCGUCUCGUCUUUCCGUAUCAAACACCGGACAGCACACGCUACUGGCUUGUAACAGACAUCGUGUGUGAUGCCAUCUACCUGUGCGACAUGCUGGUCAUCCAGCCCAGGCUGCAGUUUAUAAGAGGAGGAGACGUGAUAGUGGAUUCACAUGAGCUGAUGAGGCACUAUAGGAGUUCUAUAAAAUUUCAGCUGGACGUCGCAUCAGUAAUGCCGUUUGAUGUUUUCUACUUCUUCUUUGGAUUUAAUCCAAUAUUUAGGACAAAUAGGAUAUUAAAGUACACUUCAUUUUUUGAGUUUAAUCAUCGCCUAGAGUCUCUGAUGGACAAGGCGUAUGUCUACAGAGUCGUCCGCACAACAGGAUACCUGCUGUUUACUCUGCACGUGAAUGCCUGCAUGUAUUACUGGGCUUCCAACUACGAAGGAAUUGGAACUACGAAAUGGGUGUAUAAUGGCGAAGGAAACAAGUAUCUGAGAUGUUACUACUGGGCCGUUCGAAGUUUAAUUACCAUCGGGGGCCUCCCAGAGCCACAAACUUCAUUUGAAAUUGUUUUUCAACUGCUGAAUUUUUUUUCAGGAGUUUUUGUGUUCUCCAGCUUGAUUGGUCAGAUGCGAGACGUCAUUGGGGCAGCGACAGCCAAUCAGAACAACUUCCGGGUCUGUGUGGAUCACACCAUCGCCUAUCUGAACACUUACUCCGUCCCUAAGAGCGUGCAGAAUCGGGUUCGGACUUGGUAUCAAUACACAUGGGACUCGCAAAGAAUGCUGGAUGAGUGCAGCCUGCUCGAGGGCCUGCCCACCGCGAUGCAGUUAGCCCUGGCCAUGGACAUGAACUUCAGCGUCGUCAGCAAGGUCGACCUGUUCAAGGGUUGUGAUACACAGAUGCUUUGUGACAUGUUGUUAAGACUGAAAUCCACCGUCUAUUUACCUGGUGACUUUGUCUGCAAAAAGGGAGAAAUUGGCAAGGAAAUGUACAUCGUCAAGCAAGGAGAAGUCCACGUUCUUGGAGGCUGUGAUGGUGCGCAAGUUCUGGUCACUCUGAGAGCUGGGGCAGUGUUUGGAGAAAUCAGCCUUCUAGCAGCAGCAGGAGGAAACCGCCGGACGGCCAGCGUGGUGGCCCACGGCUUCGCCAACCUUCUAACUCUGGACAAGAAGACCCUGCAGGAAAUCCUAGUGCAUUAUCCAGAUUCCGAGAAGCUUCUCAUGAGGAAAGCCAGAGUGCUUAUCAAGAAGAAGGCCCCAGCCACAGACCCAACCUCUCCGAGGAAAGGGCUUGCCUUUCCCUGCCCCCCCAAGCCAGAGACACCCAAAAUGUUUGAAGUUCUCCAGGGAGGCACAGGAAAAGCUGGUCUUGCAAGACUCCUCAAGCUGAAGAGAGAGCAGACGGUUCUGAAAAACGGUGAGAGCUCUGAAGGAGGCGAGGGUAAAGGGAAAGGCUGUGACAAUCAAAGAAGAGGGCUGGCAGAGGAAUCGCGUUCUGCUACAGAUGAGGACGUGCCUCAGCCCACGGGAAGGACAGUGUCACCCACAGGGACUGCCUGCUGGUCACUCGUCGUCAGCAUGGCUCCUGCCCAGGCCGGGAAAGAGGUGCUGUCAAUUGCAGUCAAAGAAAAGGCUCAGAAAUAAAUGUUUGGAUGACCUAGUUCCCAAAGAGCUUGUACCCUGGGUUGUAGCUAUGUUGGGCGGGGGGGGAAGGAAGGGGCCUUGCCAGGACCCUUGAGAAAUCAGACAAAGCCCUAGUUUCAUUUCUAGGACUUAACGGGAGUGCGAUCUUAUGCAGCAAGAGAAGUAAUAAGAUUAUUAAAAACCGUCCCUAUCUGUUAUCAUUAACUUCGCGCAGUUAACUUCUCCUAACUGUACAUAAUAGGGUUUUCUUCUUCCGUUCUUUAUGAUGUUUCUUCCCUCUGUUGGAUUAGCUUGGUCUUGGCUGUGACUCACUAACCUUGUCUCUUAAAUUUGUGUGUGUGUUAAAGUCUUGUGUGGCACUGUUAUUCUUGGAUAAAUGCUCCAUGUACAUGCAUAUUACCUCUUAUUUGUCGGGGAGUAUGAGAUUUUAAUAAAGUGUCAAAAGUCAGGUGAUUUCCACUCAAGUGAGGGUGAGGAGUCACUCAGAUGUCAUUUCGGCCGGCAGCUGGGCCUGCAGGGGAGCAGAGAGGGUGGGUGUGAGCUCGGACCUGCGGAAGAACCCGAGAGCAGCGUUGUCGGCAGGGUUCGGCCCCGGGAAACUCACAUGGCAGCACCAGCUCGCUGGGAGAAUCGUGCCCGCGGCUACAGACACAAACUUGAACACUCGCUCUCAAAGCAGAUUCAAAGGCAACCGUCUGCCCGACUCAUGCGGCUCAGCAGACUGGGGGGAAUCAGGUCACCCCCAUCUUCACAGAAGCUAAAGGGACAGUCUCAGAAUCUCCCGCCAGCAUCCGCUUCAGCAGGUGCGAUUUGUCCUGCUCGUGUCCGGCUUCAGUAAAAAGUGACGCGGUCAGGAGGGCAGCUUGCACACACGUCGGACUGACAUGUCCCUACAGUUUGCGGGACCCAUGUGUACAGCUGUUUAUCUCCAAGUAAAUUAAGUGCAUUUUAGGAAUCUGUCCUCAUCAAUCAGCUGUCAUUAGCACAAUUAUCAAAGUCUCCUGCUGUGAGGAGGCCAGAAGCCAGGCUGACGUCGAAAGUGAUAAUACGUACGGAAUUCCAUUCUAGUAAACGCCACUAGUGUAUAGCAUUAAGUUCUGCAUAAUAAGCCUGUUUCUGACACCCUGGAGUUGGUCACUGUAACAGCACUUGGCUGAGAGGGUUCUGACAAAUGACAUUAGCCAAAAAGCCUUGAACAACACAGAUGCUUUGGGCAAGCCACGUAUGAACUGACCACUGCAAUAAAAUGGACCACUUAGUAGCAUCGCCAUUGAGUCCAGGGUUUGAGAAUCGUAAAAACAUGGGAAGGUGUACAGAAGGUUGCCUGGCAUUCUCAGAGUUUACGGGAAUAUGGAGAAAUUGUUAAAUAAUACUUGAUGAAUAGAAGUCUGUGUGUAGAAAUGAGUUAGAAAAGCCAGAAAGAAAAGGUGGAAAUAGGGCCUGAAAAGAGUCUGAUAAUAGGAAAGCACA